AUGCUCACCAAAUCCGCCUUUAUCGUCACUGGCCUGCUCUUCCAUACGGCCACGGCCACUUUUGGAUAUGGAGGCUGGGGAGGGGAUUCCCACUACAGCACUCCCGAUAACACAGACAACAAAUGUUCGCCAGACCAAACGAAAGGCUAUGACUGGAAAGACUUGGCUUCAGGUUCAUUCGAUAAUUACGGAAGUAACAAAUUCUCCAAAUGGUCUUGUCGGAACUCCUUUGGGAAGCGAGAUCUCUUGACCAAGAGAUCGUUCCAAUCAAAGUGCAUCUCCGCGAACCUCGACGACGAGCCCUCCAUCGGAUGCGAUGGUGAAGAUCACAUGUCCAUUGACAAGUAUGAGGUAUCCUCAAGCGAGGAUGCAGACAUUGAAUGUCAUUAUGAGAUGCCGGACAAGACUGUUUGCAAAGAAUACCACUCAUGUAAAUCUGGCGGCACAGUCAUCCAAAACUCACAGUGCGRCGGAGCCAAAUCGGUCACUUUCAAGCCCGUGGAAAGCUUCAAAGGUAAAGGAUGCAACAUUGGAGUUCACAGCAUUGGCUUCAACUGCGGUGCGCCUUCCAGUACUGCUCCUGUGGCAUCCAAAACCGAAAGUAUACCUGCAUAUGGAUCUAGUUCGCCGCCGACAUACGCAACGACUAGCUCUACUUCGAGUGAGGUUGAAAUCACCACAGAUACCACACCAUACACAUCGCCUUCCAGCAGCAAAAGCGACACAUCCGCGGAGUMCACAUCUGUAACUACGACAGAGACCGCGCCUAUUUAUGGGUCUACUACCGAUGCUUCGUUGAGCUAUGAUACCACAUCGAGUGCUGUAUCAUCGACCAGCGAGACUACAUCAAGCACUAUAUCGUCGACCAGCGAAACGGCUUCGGGGGGAACCACUUCAUCGUGUGUCUCAGGUUAUGGCGCAUCUUGCUCUACUACUUCUGAAAGCACAUCAAGCUCCGCCACCAGUCGAGAGACUUCUCCUGUGGAAGGCCCAGCUUCAGACUCCACUUCCUCCACACCAAGCACGACUUCAACCAGCGAGACUUCAGCGGCAACAGACAAGACUACUUCAUCACCGUCAGUCCCUGUGAUAGGAAUCCCAACAUAUUCGAGCCAUGGCACUGGUGCAUCAAUUCCGGCAACCAACACCAGUCUAACCUACAAAGUUCCUGCAUACACCCAAAGCUCAUCAACGACUGUUAAGAGCUCAUCAACGACCGCUGGAGUAACCUCUAUUGAAUCCUACAGCUCUUACACUACUGGYACGAUAUACAGCACGAGUUGCGAGACACUCACUAGCAGUGGAAGUAUCACCACACUUACAAAGUCGUACGCCAUAUCGACCACAACCGCAAGGAUCACUUCUCCGGGCAAAGAAUCUUCUCCAGUAGGGACGAGCUCUGUACCAGCGUCAUAUUCUUCGAAUGAAAGUGGCUCUGCUUCGGUAUCAUCUUAUCCAGUCCAGAGUAGUUUUGCAUCAGCACCAUCUUCCACAGUCCAAAGUAGCUCUCCAUCAGCACCAGCCUACUCGGGGCCCGAACCCAGCUCUCCAGCACUCCUUCCACGUUGCUUGAAUACCUGGAUGUAUCUGACGGAUUGCUCCUCCAACUCCGACUCGCAGUGCUAUUGCAAACACCCCGACUUCAUCAACAAAGUCUAUGGCUGUCUCUCCUCCUGGAGCCAAUCCGCCGACAAUGCCACCAACGGCGUCUCCUAUCUCAUGGGUCUUUGUGCCCCUUACAUUCCCGAAAACCCCGCAAUCAUCACAGGCUGUCCAUCGACCAUCACGCCCGCAGCAUACAAACCAGCACCAGCAACGGAAUCCCUAAUCUCAACCAUAACCCCUCGAUCCACCAUCACGCUCCAAUCCACCCUCACCGAGAGAAUUACCACUGCUACCCUGCCAGACAAAUCCAGCAGUACAGAAGUCUCGCCAGAAAACUCUUCCCACCCGGGAUCUACAUCUACAUCAACACCAGCACCAGCAGCGAAUAUCCCCUGCACAACAAUCACCUACUCGCACGACAUAACCCUCCCAGCCACAUAUCCCUCAGACGGCUCGACGAUUCCUUCCUCAAGCAUAACUUCUGCCAUCAUAACUACAAUCACCGUUCCGCAAGUCCUCAUCACCACUCACACAAUCACRGAAUCGGGAAGUACUUUCACAGCGCCGGGACUGGGAUAUGGAGUUCCUUCCACCACAUCUCGCGUGACUCCGACUGUUAUUCCGGCUGUGUCUUCGGCGUAUGGGAGUGUGGCAUUCACGAAGAGUGCUACUUCAUCGGGGACGCCUUCGGGGAUUGUAGCAUAUGAGGGAGCGGGGAGUGGGCGAUUUGGUUUCAAGUUUGGAGUUGGGGGAUUGUGUUUGUUUGUUGCUGUGAUGGGGUUGUAA